AUGGACGUGACGAUUGGCUUUUCCUCUGCCAGUCUACCAACUAAGCACGCCACUACGAGUCCCGCUAACGAAAGUCGCCCUGCUCCUUACGUACCCGGCCUGAUGCCGCUGACGCAGCCCCUGCGGUGCAGGGCCCAUCCAUCACCAUCCUCACUCCUCCGUCGUUCCAUCUUUUUUAGCUCUCGACCAGGGAGACCCGCGACUUGUCCUAUUCCUCGUUUGCAACGGCGCGUUCUGCGCACCUCGACUGCCGGCCCCCUCCGCCAUCAUAAGAACGCCCUGCUGCCCGCCGAUGUCCGCCCCGUUCCGUCUCCCUCGAUCCUAACCACUUCUCCUGCUACCCCCUCGUCAUCCGCCCUGAUCCCAUUGCCUCUCAUGGCGACGACACAAACUAGAGACCACGGUAGCCACGGCGGCCAUGGCCAUCACCACCACCACCAUCACGGCAACGUCUACCUGACCUCCGCCAACACGCACGAUGCCGGCGUGCGGAUCACGCGACUUGGCCUGGUUGCCAAUCUCGCCAUGGCCAUUGGCAAAUUCGUGGGCGGCUACGUCUUCCAUUCGCAGGCCUUGAUCGCCGACGCCUACCAUGCCCUCACCGAUCUCGUGUCGGAUUUCCUGACGUUGGGAACGGUCGCCUGGUCGCUCAAACCGCCGACCGAGAGGUUUCCGAACGGCUACGGGAAGGUCGAGAGCAUCGGCGCGCUGGGCGUGAGUGGACUGUUGCUGUGUGGUGGUGUCUUCAUGGGUCUCAAUUCCGGCCAAGUCUUACUGGAUCAAUUCUACCCCGAAGCCGCCGACGCCAUCUCCCACAUGGGAGUUCUGGGACAUGGUCAUUCGCACAGCCACGGCAUUGGAGCAACUGGGCCUAGCAUUCACGCCGCAUGGCUUGCCGCGGGGUCCAUCGUUGUUAAGGAAUGGCUUUACCAUGCUACCAUGAAAGUGGCGAACGAACGGAAAUCGUCCGUCCUGGCCUCUAACGCGAUCCACCACCGUAUCGACUCGCUCACGAGUAUUGUCGCCUUGUUUACGAUCGGCGGAACCUAUUUGUUUCAAGACGCGUCGUGGCUCGAUCCCGUCGGUGGACUGCUUAUCUCGCUGAUGGUUAUCAAAGCCGGAUGGGGGAACACUGCCACGUCGCUGCUGGAGUUGGCCGAUACCGCCGUCGACGAGGACAUCAAGGAGUCCGUGGCCAAGGCGGCGUCCAAGAUGCUGGCGAAAAUGAAGGACGGCGACGCGAUCAAAGUGCGCGAUGUCCAGGGUAUGAAGUCGGGACAGAACUAUCUGAUGGACGUGGAACUGGCGGUGCCUGGCGCAUGGCCGAUCACCCGGUCGCGCGAGAUCGAGGGAUCCGUCCGAGCCGCCAUCGGCGCGGGCGUUCGCGGCGUCAAGCGCGUGAAGGUGCGAUUUGUGCCUCUGGAACACGAGGAGUUGACCUUCUCGGAGGAGUUCAUCACGUCCGACGCGCAAGCCAACCCCGAACCCAAGGACGAGGACGUGGAGGCGGAAUACGAGGCGCAUGCGCACGAGCACGAGCACGAGCAUAAGCAUGAGCACGAACAUGAAAAUUCCACGCGCAAGAGGCGUUAA